CGCCCUGCUUUAAGUUGCAGUUCCUCCGGAUGGAUGUGCUCAGUGUCGGGGGAGGCUGUCGGUGUGAGGACCGUGACUCCGUGUGGAACUUACGAGCGUUUUGAUUUUACGGUGGGAUUUACGCAGCGUGGACGGGCGCGUGGCACAGCGUGGGCCGCUCCGAGAUGUGUCCACGGAGUUUGUUUGACUUCUGAGAGAGAGAGAGAGAGAGAGAGAGAGAGAGAGAGAGCCGAGCGGAGCCACAGAGGCACAGCCGGACCCUUAUGCUGUGGGCUCCGGCUCCCACAGCCGGCCGUGACUCGUCUCCAAACGGUGCGCUCUUCGCUCCGCGGUUCUUCCAAACGGCUGGCGCGCGUCAUGGGCUGCGGAAGCGCGCCGGGGGUGUGCCUGCUGGCCGCCGUGUCCUGCUGCCUCCUCCUCGGCUGCAGAGGGAACAUCACCGUGGCCGUGAUGCUCCCGGACAACCCGCACAAGUACCCGUGGGCUCUGCCGCGCGUCUUCCCGGCCAUCCUCAUGGCGCACGAGGACCUGCACGGUAAGCACGGGCUGCUGCUCGGACGCACCGUCAACAUCCUCAACUUCAGCACCGAGGACCCCGUGGCCGGUUCGUGCGCAGAGAGCCGCGCGCAAGUGGUGGCCGUGGACGCCAAGCUGUACAUCCAGCCGGACGCGUUCUUCGGACCCGGGUGCGUGUACCCGCUGGCCUCCGUGGGCCGGUUCGCGUCCCACUGGAAGCUGCCGCUGAUCACGGCCGGGGGGCACGCGUACGGCUUCGACCGGCGCGAGGAGUACCGGACCAUCGUGCGCAGCGGCCCGUCCACCACCAAACUGGGGGACUUCGCCAACAUCCUGCACACGCACUUCAACUGGACGUCCCGCGCCGUGGUCAUCUUCCACGACCGGAGGCACGACGACCGGCCGCACUACUUCCUGUCCGAGGGGAUCUACCUGCAGCUGAAGCAGGAGAUGAACGUCACCGUGGAGGCGCAGCCGUACGAGGACGAAGCCAAGUACUACAAAGAGCUGAUCAGCUUCAUGAAGGAGCGAGGGAGGAUCGUGUACAUCUGCGGCCCUCUGGAAACUUUCCUCUCCAUCAUGAAACUGUUCCAAACUGAAAUCCAGGACCCUGAAAACUAUGCCAUCUUCUAUCUGGACGUGUUCGCCGAGAGCCUGAUGGAUCGUAAACCGUGGCAGAACUCCGACUCGGACUGGGCCGAUCCCAUCAGUGUGUUCAAGUCUGUUUUCGUCAUAACGUACCGGCCUCCUGAUAAUCCAGAGUACAAAGACUUUCAGAGGAAACUCCACGCCAGAGCUCUGAAGGAUUUCGGUGUGCACUUGGAACCAUCGUUGAUGGACUACAUUGCUGGCAGCUUCUAUGAUGGUUUUGUAUUGUAUGCCAUGGCCUUGGAGGAGACACUAGCAGAAGGUGGAGCUCAGAACGACGGCAUCAACAUCACAAUGAGGACGCAGAACCGCAGAUUCUGGGGAGUGACGGGUCUCGUUACCACCGACCACAAAAAUGCCAGAGAUAUAGACGUGAACCUGUGGGCGAUGACCAACCAGGAGACAGGAGAGUACGGGAUCGUGGCCUAUUACAACGGAACCAACAAAGAGCUGAUCUGGUCCCAGACAGAGAAGAUCCACUGGCCCAGCGGUGGUCCUCCUCUGGAUAACCCACCGUGUGUCUUCUCCACAGAUGACCCCUCCUGCAAUGACGGUCACCUGCCCGUUCUGGGUAUCGUUGCCGUGGGCUCCGGCUUGGCGCUCAUCAUCUUUGGGAUCUCCAGUUUCCUCAUUUACAGGAAACUGAAGCUGGAGAAGGAGUUGGCUGGGAUGCUGUGGAGGAUUCGGUGGGAGGACCUUCAGUUCGAGAGCCCCAACAAAUACCACAAACGAGCCGGCAGUCGACUCACCCUGUCACAGAGAGGUUCCAGCUAUGGCUCCUUGAUAACUGCCCAUGGAAAAUAUCAGCUAUUUGCAAAAACGGGCUAUUUUAAGGGAAACCUGGUGGCCAUCAAACACGUCAACAAGAAGAGGAUCGAGCUGACCAGGAAGGUUUUACUGGAGCUCAAACAUAUGAGAGACAUUCAGUUCAACCAUCUAACCAGGUUCAUCGGGGCCUGCAUCGACCCCCCCAACAUCUGCAUCGUCACCGAGUACUGUCCCAGAGGCAGCCUGCAGGAUAUUUUGGAGAACGAGAGCAUCAACCUGGACUGGAUGUUUCGCUACUCACUGAUCAACGACAUCGUGAAGGGAAUGAACUAUCUCCACAACAGCUACAUCGGCUGCCAUGGAAAUCUGAAGUCAUCUAAUUGCGUGGUGGACAGUCGAUUUGUUUUGAAAAUCACAGAUUAUGGCUUGGCCAGCUUCCGCUCGUCCUGCGAAAACGACGACUCGCACGCACUCUACGCAAAGAAGCUGUGGACGGCUCCUGAGCUGCUCAUAUACGACCGCCACCCUCCUCAGGGGACUCAGAAGGGUGAUGUGUACAGUUUUGGCAUCAUCCUGCAGGAAAUAGCCCUGAGGAAUGGACCGUUCUACGUCGAAGGAAUGGACCUCAGCCCCAAAGAGAUCGUGCAGAAGGUUCGAAACGGUCAGAAGCCGUACUUCCGGCCGACCACGGACAACAGAUGCCACUCGGAGGAGCUGACCAUCCUGAUGGAGUGCUGUUGGGCCGAGGACCCGGCGGAGAGGCCCGACUUCGGACACAUCAAGAUAUACAUGGCAAAGCUCAACAAGGAGGGCAGCACCAGUAUCCUCAACAACCUUCUGUCCAGGAUGGAACAGUACGCCAACAACCUGGAGAACCUGGUGCAGGAGCGGACUCAGGCGUAUCUGGAGGAGAAACGGAAAGCUGAGAACCUCCUCUACCAAAUCCUGCCACACUCCGUGGCCGAGCAGCUGAAGCGAGGGGAGACGGUGCAGGCGGAGGCGUUCGACAGCGUCACCAUCUACUUCAGUGACAUCGUGGGCUUCACGUCCCUGUCUGCAGAGAGCACGCCCCUGCAGGUGGUCACGCUGCUCAACGACCUCUACACCUGCUUCGACGCCAUCAUUGAUAAUUUUGACGUGUACAAGGUGGAGACCAUCGGUGACGCCUACAUGGUGGUGUCGGGUCUGCCGGUGCGGAACGGGAAACUCCACGCACGAGAAAUCGCAGGAAUGUCUCUGGCUUUGUUAGAACAGGUGAAGACGUUCAAGAUCCGACACCGACCCAACGACCAGCUGAGACUCAGGAUAGGAAUACACACAGGUCCGGUGUGUGCUGGGGGUGGUGGUCUGAAAAUGCCCCGCUACUGUUUGUUUGGGGACACGGUCAACACGGCCUCUCGAAUGGAGUCCAACGGAGAGGCCUUGAAGAUCCACCUUUCAUCAGCCACCAAAGAAGUUCUGGAUGAAUUCGGUUACUUCGAUCUCCAGUUACGAGGAGACGUAGAAAUGAAGGGCAAAGGCAAAAUGAGAACCUAUUGGCUUCUUGGGGAGAAGACUGAUGUGUAUGUUAUCUGAGAGGCAGUGUCCAGGACCAGCAGCAGCAGCAGCACAAGCUCCUCUACUUUAUUUGUUCUAGAAUAAGUCCUUUAUGGGUGGUGGAAAAGCGCCCGUCCACAAACAGCGGAGGGAAUCCAGGUAUAUUUAUUACCUGUUUAUUGUAACUGCGAGAAAGAGGAAAAACAAAAAAAAAAAAGAACAAAAAUGUAAAAGUUGUUUUUGUAUGAAGAACCUUUCUGUCCUGAGAGUGAGUACUUUUCACUGAUAAAAUCUUAUUUUUUGUGCUUUCUAUAUUAAGAUUUGUAUUGUAUUUGGAAGUCAAUGAUGUAUGAAUAUUUCCUUGAAACAUCCUCGGAGGGUUGGAGGCGAAGGCCGACGUCACUGCAGGGUUCCGACACACACACCACAAGACCAUAUGUAUAUAUGUAUAUCCAGGAUACUGUAAGAUAUUUUGUUCAAUAAACUGAGUAAAACACUCUUUUUUU